UUGCGCAUUGUAAACCAGAAGCCAGAAGGUGUAUUGUGAUGUGAUUGAGUCAUUGAAUUGCACAAAAAUCAAUUUAAGUGGAAGAGUGGAAGAAAGAUGACGGAAGAAUAUGUCCAUUUUGUUUUCUUAUAAAAACAGUCUUUACGGUUUUGUUAGUUUUUUCUUGUUACUUACAAGGAUAUGCAUUGAAAAGGUUUAAUUAGCACCGGGUGUAAAAAAAUUGUAGGCAAAAUGUCGGUCGACAGAGAAAUACCUGCCGAAGACAGUAUUAAAGUUGUAUGCAGAUUCAGGCCUUUAAACGACUCGGAGGAGAAGGCUGGGUCGAAAUUUAUAGUUAAAUUUCCUCAAGGGAACGAAGAUAAUUGUAUUUCAAUUGCGGGCAAAGUAUAUUUAUUUGACAAAGUAUUUAAACCAAAUGCGACUCAAGAGAAAGUGUACAAUGAAGCUGCUAAAAGCAUUGUUACUGAUGUUUUAUCUGGAUUUAACGGCACAAUAUUCGCCUAUGGUCAAACAUCAUCGGGUAAAACCCACACGAUGGAAGGUGUCUUAGGUGAUCCCCAGAAACAAGGGAUCAUUCCUAGAAUAGUCAAUGACAUAUUUAAUCACAUCUACGCUAUGGAAGAGAACUUAGAAUUUCACAUUAAAGUAUCCUAUUUUGAAAUCUACAUGGAUAAAAUUAGAGACUUGCUGGACGUGUCGAAAGUAAAUUUGAGUGUUCAUGAAGAUAAAAAUCGAGUUCCGUUUGUGAAAGGAGCUACCGAAAGAUUCGUUUCCAGUCCUGAAGAAGUUUUCGAAUCAAUAGAAGAAGGAAAAUCCAAUCGACACAUUGCCGUUACAAACAUGAAUGAACAUUCAUCCAGAUCCCAUUCAGUAUUUCUAAUCAACGUGAAACAAGAAAAUUUAGAAAACCAAAAGAAGCUAUCCGGUAAACUUUAUUUAGUCGACUUAGCUGGUUCAGAAAAGGUCUCAAAAACCGGCGCUGAAGGUACUGUAUUAGAUGAAGCCAAGAACAUAAAUAAAUCCUUGUCGGCGUUGGGAAACGUAAUAAGCGCUCUAGCGGAUGGCAACAAAACCCACAUUCCUUACAGAGACUCAAAAUUGACUCGAAUCCUCCAGGAAUCUCUCGGAGGUAACGCCAGGACUACCAUAGUAAUUUGUUGCUCUCCUGCCAGCUUCAACGAAGCCGAAACUAAAUCCACCCUUGAAUUCGGUAAAAGAGCGAAGACGGUCAAGAAUGUCGUGUGUGUUAACGAGGAACUAACGGCAGAAGAGUGGAAGCGAAGGUACGAAAGAGAAAAAGAGAAGGUCGCUCGAUUGAAAGGAAAACUCGAAAAAUUAGAGGAUGAACUAAACAGAUGGCGUAACGGAGAAACGGUGAACCCCGACGAGCAAAUCAAUCUCAACGAGCUCUCCGAUGCCGCAACUCCCGUAUCCGCCAUGGAGGAAAGCGUUAUAGCCGAGAAACCCGCCGGUCCGAUUCCCGCAACACCGGCGCUAAUGAUAGGAUCAACAUUGGGCAUAGAGGAGAGGAACAAGUUGGAACUGGAAAGAGAAAGGCUGUACCAGCAGUUGGACGAAAAAGACGAAGAGAUCAAUCAGCAGAGUCAAUACGUAGAGAAGCUUAAAGAUCAAAUACUGGAACAGGACGAACUUAUCGCCAGUACGAGAAGAGACUUUGAAGCUCUCCAAGCAGAAAUGAACAGAUUACAACAGGAGAACGAAAGUGCGAAAGAAGAAGUUAAGGAUGUCCUUCAAGCACUUGAAGAACUGGCCGUUAACUACGAUCAAAAGAGUCAGGAAAUAGAGGCUAAAAAUAAGGAGGUUGAAUCGAUGUCUGAAGAACUGAUGCAGAAGCAAACUAAUCUAAAUUCGACCACCACCGAAUUGCAACAGCUGCGCGACUUGAGCAAUCAUCAGAAGAAGAGAAUCGCCGAAAUGUUGAGCAAUUUGCUGAAAGAAUUGGGCGAAAUUGGCAACACUCUAGGAGGCAGUGGAGACGGACAAGAGAUUAAAAUUUCCAACGACGUUGCUAAAUUGGAAGAGGAAUUUACAGUCGCAAGAUUAUACAUUUCCAGGAUGAAAAGCGAAGUUACCAAUUUGACCCAAAGAUUGCAAGACAUCGAAAAUAAGGAACAGGAUAGUAACAAGAAAGUUACUGAAUACGAAAAGGAACUGGCCGAAUGUCAUUUGCUAAUAUCUCAACAUGAAGCGAGAAUGAAGAGUCUUCAAGAAUCGAUUAGGGAGGCUGAGAAUAAGAAGAGAAUGCUUGAAGAGAGUAUCGACUCUUUGAGAGAAGAGUGCGCUAAAUUGAAAGCAGCGGAACAGGUCCAAAGCGCUAGUGAAAGCGAAAAGAAAGAAGCAAAUGAACUCAGAGUAGCGUUGGAACAGCAAAUGGAUCAAUUGCGCGUCGCUCAUCAAAAGCAAGUGGCUGCUUUAAGAGACGAAAUUGCCGAAAAACAAAGUUUGAUAAACGACAUUAAAGAUUCAAAUCAAAAACUUACUUUGGCUCAACAACAACUACAAUCCGAUUACGAAAAGAUUAAAGGAGAAGAAGCGGAGAAGUCUAACAAGCUUCAGGAGUUAAUCGCUCAUAACGAGAGACGUGAACAAGCCAGGAAAGAUCUGAAAGGCCUAGAAGAAACCGUAUCCAAAGAGUUGCAGACGCUCCACAACCUCCGCAAACUGUUUGUGCAAGAUUUGCAGGCGCGCAUGAAGAAAAACCUUUCUUCGGAAGAUAACGAAGAGGACGGCGGUUCUUUGGCUCAGAAACAGAAGAUAUCGUUCCUCGAAAACAACUUGGACCAGCUGACGAAAGUCCACAAGCAGCUGGUGAGAGACAACGCCGAUUUGCGUUGCGAACUUCCCAAAUUAGAGAAACGCCUGCGCGCUACCAUGGAAAGAGUGAAAGCCUUAGAGGCCGCUUUGAAAGAAUCCAAAGAGGGCGCCAUGAGAGAUAGGAAAAGAUAUCAGUACGAGGUUGAUAGAAUUAAAGAAGCGGUGAGACAAAAGAAUUUGAAUAGAAGGGGGCCCGCUGCGACGAUCGCGAAACCUAUUAGAGCGGGACAACACCAAAGCGGAUCGCCUGUUAUUAGAACGAACGUCGGAAGUAGGCCUAUCGACGAGUCCCAGAAACGCAAAUCCAUUUUAAUAGGGGAUAAAGAUUGAGUCGAUGUUUUAAGAAGUACCAGGUGCUUGAGAUGUUAGUAAGCAAAUUUGUAAAACUAAUACCAAAAAUAUUGCCGAUUUUUCGAGCGAGUGUUUGCCAAAAACAAAGGUCGAUGCUCGCUCAUUAAAUGUGCUUUCAGCUUCAUAUUUGUAGUAUAAGGUGCACUUAAAAAUGUUGAUAAAGUAAGACCGCAAAUUGUUUCAUUGUCAGUUUUAUUUUGCUUGUCUCUAUCAAUGUAUUACUAUUAAAAAACAAUUUGCUUAUGUUCCUUCUUAUAAAAACUGCUAUUUUUUGAUGAAAUUUAAUGUACUAAAGUUUUGAAUGCUACCUUUAAGUAUCAUAUCUGGAUAGUUUUCGAGUAGUGUGGAAUUGCAGAAGCCUAGGAUUAGUACUUAGUAGCUACAGUAGCACAAUAUUUUCUUUAAAUAAUUAAUUUGUUUUUUUUAUCGAAGUAAUAGUUCAGUGAGUAUAAUUGUCGAGUCUUAAAGUUAUUAUAUCCUAUACAAACAUUUCUAAUUAAUUGCUUCACACGCAAUUAUAUCACAGUGGAUAAGAAAAACCAACGCAUAAAUAUACUAGCAACUCAUUUAACGUUUAAACUUGAACUAAAUAUUCCUCGCAAUAGCAAUUAUUAAAAUGAAAUCGAUUUUAUAUUUAGAGGCAAAAAGCAUUCGAUCUUUAGUUAAUUUUAUAGGACCCUAGGCAUUUUACCAAGUAAGCAGUGUUACCGAUAUCAAAUAUAUUUCCCAAUGGAUUAGUGUUCCCUUAAAACAAACUUUUAGAAACGAACGAAAUAAAAGACACUCCAUUGGGACUGAGCAAAGCACUGUUCCUGCUGAUUUGGCACGAUUAGUUGUCAUGCUGUCGAUCAUUUUAGCAAAAAAUUAGUACGUUGUAAAGAAAUAUUUAAAUAUUUUUUGUGUACAUUGGUUUUUAGAUUAUUAAAUGUUGUUCUUAUUUUUAUUAUUCAAUUUUGACUAUCUUGAGUACGGGCUUGACCGGUUCAAGUGAACGUGUACUUCAAGAAAUGAUUUUAUCUUAGUUUCUGAAAUGUGAUUACAAUAAUUUAAACAGUAUGUUAAAAGAGGAAAAUCUGUAAACAAGCCUAUAGAUAAAAUAUGCAAUUUAGGUAUUUUUCAAUCGAAUGAAAUUAUUUUAUAACACUAAUGACACUCUUGCUCUGACGAACAAGAUUAAUAAUUCGCUCAAGUUAUUUAAAAUGUUUAUUAUUUAAAACUUACUAAAAUGGAACCGUAACAGACUGUAUAAGAAGUCUGUUGGAAUGAUGUCAUAAUGUAUGAUUGAAUUUAGCUGAUUUGUUAAUUUUGACGUGUAAAAAGCAAUAAUGUAUAAAGGUAAUUUAAAUCGUAAGUAAUUAAUGUACUCCUUUAAAAUCCUUCACUUGUCUAUUUCUCCUAAUCCAUAUUUUUCAUAUGUGAAUUGUUACUAAAAUACAUAGGUAAUAUUGCAGUUAAUUUAUUACUCAACAUUGGUUAAAUUUAAUCAUAUAAUAUAAGGUUUUGAAUUAGGCAUUUUAAAAAGUAGCGGUAACCUUCUAACAAAAUAAUAAUUUCCUCAACACUACAUUAAUAUGUAUAAUAAAAAAAAACAAAUAGGAACGUAGAUAAUUAUUUAUUGCUCGUUCAUUUUUUAGAACUUUUCUGAUAGUUAUUUACUACAGGUCAUUGAACCACGGUUUUUUAUAAAUUUGAAAGAACUUAAGAACCUUUUAAUCACUAAUUUUGGACAUAUGGAUAAUGUUAUGGCUGUUUGGAGAUUUUUAUCUGCGAGAACUAAGCCCGACUUAGUAAUUAUAAAGAUUUAUGGCAAUUGUUCUGAAAUUGAUUAUUUCUAUUUUUUAUAUUGCACAGAAAAAUGUCAAUCAUUUUUUAUGAAUUGUUUAAUCUUAAUCAACGCUUUUUUAGUAAUAUCACCAUUGUAUUUAUUUAUUUAAUAACUAAAAGAUAUUCUUCAAAUAAAGGGUAAUCCAUGAA